AUGGAAAGGCUCUUCACGGCCAAAUUCUUCGACGAUGACACAGAAGUAUCUAUGGCCACUUUGCUAGUUGUAAAGCAGAGGAAGACAGAGUCUCAAAAGUGCCCUCUCAAGAAGAUGAAGAUGUGGGAUUGUGUCAUGAUAAACAAUGAUACUUCUAAGAAGGAUGUGAAGCAAAAAUUUACUGUAAUGAAGCAAUGCGCCGAGAUGCCAAUGAUCCAACGCCAUUCUGCUUUGGUGGGAAGCAUGGAUUCUACAUGCAUGAUGGAUUCAACUUCAGUUGAAUGUGUCUCCAUAAUUCGGCCUCAAUUGGAAUUUUCACGCCGGAACCUCCUUCGAAGAGUUCACAAGUACUCCUUUGCUGCUCUUUCGACAAUUCUAGAUGACCCGUUGGUCGAUUCCAUAGAAAAAACUAGCAAAACUUCACAGGUUAACCAGUUCAGCUCUUGCACUAUGAGAAGCCCGACCAUUUUCCCCUACGUUGCUGUCUCUGUGAAAACUUUGAAUCGGGAUAUUUUCCGUGAGGUGAAAUUUACAAAUGCGAUGGAAAUAUAUGGCCUUUCUCAUGCAUUAGAGUCAUUCUCCAUGCUGGUUAGGAUUUUCUCGCUGGUGAAAAUGCGUGGAGAAGUUAGGCAUUUGCUUCUUGAUGUGAUGGUUUUUGACAAUGGAUUGUUUUCUGAAGUUGUGAGAUUUUCUAGUGGUUUGAUUACGCCGUUGAAAGCCUAUGGAGAUCUGAUAAAAGCUCUCGUGGACAAUUCAAUGAUUGAGAAUGCGCUAGAAUUUAAUUUGGAGGCUAUGGGAAUUGGGCUAGAAAUGGGCGUCCCUCUGUGCAAUUCUUUGCUCGAGUGUUUCGUCGAGAAAAAUAAUGUUAGGGUUGUCAGGAGUUUGUUUGAGUAUAUGAAGGUGCUGAGGCCAUCACCAAACAUUUACACUACUAUGAUGAACUUGUACAUUAAAGGCAAUACACUGGAUGUAGAAGAAGCUAACAAGAUUCUUGUAGAGAUGGAAAAUCAUGGUGUCAGGCCUAAUGCACAUAAAGAACUUGAGUAUGAUAACUACUAUUAUAAUGCUGUCAUUCUUGAUUUCUACCGUAAAGGGGAGUUGAACAAAGCAUUUACAGGAUUGGAUGAGAUGAAGAAGUGUGGCUUAUCACCUGAUGUUCAUAGCUAUAGCAUCUUCAUCGAUGGGUUUUGUAAGGAGGGCAAUGUUUCUGAAACUUGGAAUCUCUUUGAGGAAAUGCAUAGAAGAGAAUUAAUGCCUAAUGUGAUCACGUAUACCUCUCUAUUGUGUGGAUUCUGUUCAGCAUGA